AUGGAGUCCAGGACACGCUCUGCUUCACCCAGCCAUGCAGAUGGGAAGCUUAAACGAGAACAAGGGGAAAUAUCUUCCUUGCCAAACAAAAUCUCGGCCUACUACUCCCUUGUCUUCCCCCAUUCUACAUUUUACAUUCAGACGCUGUCUGUGACCAUUGGUCGGAGAUGUUAUCCGAACCCCAAUGUCUCUGCUUCCUCCUCUUCUAUAGCCUCGGAGCCUGUACAGGUUGACGUUGACCUUGGGGCUUUGAAGAGCGUUUCGCGGCUUCAUGCCAAGAUAGAAUACGACCGGGAAGAAGACCGCUUUAUUUUAAUUGUAAUCGGGCGGAACGGGGCCUGGGUUGAUGGAGUUUGGCAGGGAAGUGGAACCAAAGCACCCUUAGGCGAGCGUUCCCAAAUACAGAUUGCCUCGCGGACUUUUCACUUUGUAUUGCCCCCUCCUCCUCCCCCUGAAGAUACUCCUUCGCCAAGCUCCAAUUCAUCGACAAAUAGACCUCGGUCGCCAUCGCUCGACGUCACUUCCAUAUCUCCGCCAUCUUCACAACCUUCACAUUCUCCUCCACCAAGACAAAUUAAACCUCCGACUCCACCCCCAGAACUUCAACUUGGUAACUCUAAUUUAAUCGCGAGAUCGACGAAAGCCAACGCGAAGAAGAGAAAGAAGAGUGAUAUAUCUGCUAUACCUGUUCAUCCGCCGCCACCUCCCAAGCCGGAAGAGAUACCACCUAAACCCAGUCUCACCUAUGCCCAGCUUAUAUAUCGUGCCAUCAAGGCCUAUGAUGGUAAAGCCACGCUACAAGAAAUCUGUGCAUGGAUAGCAAAGGAGUAUGACUAUUAUCGGUACAGUGAUGGAACAGCCUGGAUGAGCUCCGUGCGCCACAAUCUAUCAUCUGGUCGAGCCUUCAAGAAAAUGGAACGAUGUGGAGGCGACAGGGGAAAGGGUUUCUUUUGGUCGCUUGAUGAAGCACAUCAACAUACACUGGAAAGUCAAGAUUCUAAACUCUUAUCGGGUGCUGCAGAGCAAGCCUCGAAAUCGCGCAAAAAGGACAAGACAUUGGAGCCUCCCUUGAAGCGAAGUGUAAAAGGUGAUACGAAAGGGGUACUUCCUCCUCCCUUGAAUUCUACGCCCCUCCCAAUGCAGAAUUCCUCCGACUCCUCGGCAGCGACUACAACGACGAUCUCUCACUAUAACGUCUCCUCCUCCUCCACCGCCCAGACAAGUACUUUGCCCCAACGUUCUUCGAUGGUCUCGACCCCUAUCACGUCAGCUGGUGCUGCAACGAGUCCUUAUUCAGCUUUGACACAACCUUGGAAUAUAUUUGCAAGACCUAAUACGGAUGUUCUCACAUUUACUCCCUCACUAUCCACGGCACUUUCGGCCCCGGCGAUAACAACCUUCAAUAUACCCACUGCACCUGCGACGUCCACCAAUUUAACCUCUGUGCCAGUAACAUCCACAUCCUCGUUAGUCACCGUGCCAGCAUCUCUUUUACCAACUUCAGUAACAGUUCCAUCCUUAUCUGUCUCGACUUCUACCAUGCCAAAAAAAUUGGCACCUUCAGUUCCCGAUAUCGCCAUUCCAAUCGUCUUGGGUCCCGUUCCUCCAACUCAUCCCAGUUAUUCUGCUUCGCAUCCGAACAAUUCCGCUAAAGAAGGUUACAUGAUCCUCCAUGAACGGAAAUUGAUCCUCGACCCAGACGUUUUCUCGAGUUUAACAAAAGAAAUGCUUGUUGAACUCGAAAAGAUGGGUGCUAGCAAGGCUAUCGAAAUAUUGACGGGUCACCUGGUCAGGGUAUUGAAGGAGCGGCGGAAGAACAGGAAGAGUGCGAGAGGCAGAGGCAGAGGUGGGAAGGGCGCCGGUGGUCCUGGCCGCAAAUCUGCUACAGCUGGCACGACAGUAAAACCAUCCUCGUCCGUGCCCGCAGCUUCGACCUCCUUAUCAAACGGUGACGUGUCUGAUGCCCCUGCUGCGAUGGUUGUGGAAACGUCGCUCGCUGCCAAUCCCAAUCCUUUGAUUCCCGUACCCAUCAUGCAGGCACCAGUCGGUGAUCCAGGUUCUCCUAUCGUAGUGGUAGACUCUGACGACGAUGGACCCGCUACAAAGAAGAGAAAGCUCGAUGAAGGGCCAUCCUCACCUUUCGUAGAUCUCGUUGUCCUGAAGCCCGUCGUUCCUACUUCUGGCGCUUCAUUGACCGCAAUCCAGCCCUAA